AUGGCAGGGAAAGAUUCUAGCUGGGACGAUAUCAAGAACGAAGGCGUCGACCUCGAGAAGAUACCGAUCGAGGAGGUGCUUACGCAGCUUAGAUGUACAAGGGAAGGACUCACCAGCGACGAAGGCCAUACUCGGCUCGAGAUCUUUGGUCCUAACAAGCUCGAGGAGAAAAAGGAAAGCAAGGUUUUGAAGUUCUUAGGAUUUAUGUGGAACCCUCUCUCAUGGGUCAUGGAGUUGGCUGCUAUAAUGGCCAUCGUCUUGGCCAACGGAGGAGGUAGGCCACCAGAUUGGCAAGAUUUCGUGGGUAUCACGGUUCUUCUAAUCAUAAACUCUACCAUAAGCUUCAUUGAAGAAAACAACGCCGGAAACGCAGCAGCCGCUUUGAUGGCCGGUCUAGCUCCCAAAACCAAACUUCUGAGAGAUGGGAAGUGGAGCGAGCAAGAGGCAGCUAUAUUGGUUCCCGGAGACAUUAUCAGCAUCAAACUUGGUGACAUUAUUCCAGCAGAUGGUCGUCUCUUGGACGGUGAUCCUCUCAAGGUUGACCAAUCUGCUCUCACUGGUGAGUCUUUACCAGUAACUAAGAACCCUGGCCAAGAGGUUUACUCUGGUUCCACCUGCAAACAAGGAGAGAUAGAAGCUGUUGUGAUCGCCACUGGUGUUCAUACUUUCUUCGGCAAAGCCGCUCAUCUUGUUGACAGCACAAACCAAGAAGGCCAUUUCCAGAAAGUGUUGACUGCUAUUGGAAACUUCUGCAUCUGCUCCAUCGGAAUUGGUAUGAUCAUUGAGAUCGUUGUGAUGUAUCCUAUUCAGCACCGUGCCUAUAGAGAUGGAAUCGACAACCUUCUGGUGCUUCUCAUUGGAGGAAUCCCGAUCGCUAUGCCAACUGUUUUGUCUGUCACCAUGGCCAUUGGAUCUCACCGUCUCUCCCAACAAGGAGCUAUCACAAAGAGAAUGACAGCGAUUGAAGAAAUGGCUGGCAUGGAUGUUUUAUGCAGUGACAAGACUGGAACUCUUACACUCAACAAGCUUACUGUCGACAAGAGCAUGGUUGAGGUUUUUGUCAAAGACUUGGACAAGGACCAGCUUCUUGUGAAUGCAGCAAGAGCCUCCAGAGUUGAAAACCAAGAUGCUAUCGAUGCCUGCAUCGUAGGAAUGCUUGGAGAUCCUAGAGAAGCAAGAGAGGGCAUCACUGAAGUCCAUUUCUUUCCUUUUAACCCCGUCGACAAGCGUACUGCUAUCACUUACAUUGACUCUAAUGGAAACUGGCACCGUGUCAGCAAAGGAGCCCCAGAGCAAAUCAUUGAGCUCUGUAACCUUCGCGAGGAUACAAAGAAGAGAGCUCAUGACAUCAUUGACAAGUUUGCCGACAGAGGACUUCGUUCUCUUGCUGUUGGCAGACAGACUGUCUCUGCGAAAGACAAGAAUAGCCCCGGAGAGCCAUGGGAGUUUCUUGGUCUUUUACCUCUCUUUGACCCUCCAAGACAUGACAGUGCAGAGACAAUCAGGCGUGCCCUUGACCUCGGUGUCAAUGUCAAGAUGAUCACUGGUGACCAGCUCGCCAUCGGUAAGGAAACUGGUCGUAGACUCGGUAUGGGAACCAACAUGUAUCCUUCUUCUGCUCUACUUGGACAGGAGAAGGAUGAAUCUAUAUCUAGCCUUCCUGUUGAUGAACUCAUCGAGAUGGCUGAUGGAUUCGCCGGUGUCUUCCCUGAACACAAGUACGAGAUUGUGAAGAGGCUCCAGGAGAUGAAGCACAUUUGCGGCAUGACUGGAGAUGGAGUGAACGAUGCCCCGGCUCUCAAGAGAGCUGACAUUGGAAUAGCUGUUGCUGAUGCGACUGAUGCAGCGAGAAGUGCAUCUGACAUUGUAUUAACAGAGCCAGGGCUCAGUGUUAUAGUUAGUGCUGUCCUAACGAGCAGAGCCAUCUUCCAGAGAAUGAAGAACUACACAAUCUAUGCAGUUUCCAUCACUAUCCGUGUAGUCAUGGGAUUUUUGCUUCUUGCGCUCAUAUGGAAGUUCGACUUCUCACCAUUCAUGGUCUUGGUAAUCGCGAUCCUGAAUGAUGGUACCAUCAUGACGAUAUCAAAGGACAGAGUAAAGCCGUCUCCACUUCCUGAUUCAUGGAAACUCAAAGAGAUAUUUGCCACAGGCGUUGUUCUUGGCACUUACCUAGCAGUCAUGACUGUAGUUUUCUUCUGGGCUGCAGAGAGCACUGACUUCUUCUCGGCAGAGUUUGGGGUGAGACCUAUCAGUGGCAAUCCGCACGAGCUUACAGCAGCUAUUUACCUCCAAGUUAGUAUCGUUAGCCAGGCGCUUAUCUUUGUCACAAGGUCACGUAGCUGGUCAUAUGUCGAACGUCCUGGCUUCUGGUUGGUCUCUGCUUUCUUCAUAGCUCAGCUGAUUGCUACUCUCAUUGCCGUGUACGCAAACUGGAAUUUCGCAAGAAUCAGAGGUAUUGGGUGGGGAUGGGCUGGAGUUAUCUGGCUCUAUAGUAUAGUUACUUAUAUCCCAUUGGACAUCCUCAAGUUCAUCAUCCGGUAUUCACUAAGUGGUAGAGCCUGGGAUAAUGUCAUUGAGAACAAGACCGCUUUCACGUCAAAGAAAGACUAUGGAAAAGGAGAGAGGGAAGCACAAUGGGCACAAGCUCAACGUACCCUUCACGGAUUGCAGUCUCCACAAACCUCAGACAUGUUUAACGACAAGAGCACUUACAGAGAACUUUCAGAGAUAGCAGAUCAGGCCAAGAGACGGGCUGAAGUCGCAAGGUUAAGAGAGCGUCAUACCUUGAAAGGUCACGUGGAAUCAGUAGUGAAGCAGAAGGGACUUGACAUCGAGGCUAUCCAGCAACACUACACCCUGUGA